UCUGGGUACGGCCCACGCGAGGGGAGGGUCCGGGCCGGCACAUGCGCAGUAGCCCUGCCCGUCGCUCCCCGGCGGGAACCGAGAAAGCGGGGGGUGUCCGGUUCGGCAGGACCUCACGGUACAGCGGCGCUGAGGGGGAGCGGUGGCAGGAGCCGGCGGGGUGCCCGCCCGCCCGGUGGCCAUGAACGCCGAGAACUUCGGCUGCAGCGAGCGGCUGGUGACCGCGGGCUACGUGCGCCAGGGGGCGCAGGGCCGCCGCGCACAUGAGCUGCGGCUGCGGGCCCUGCUGGAGCAGGGAAAAUGUCCUGAAGAUGGAUGGGAUGAAAGCACCAUUGAACUGUUUCUUCAUGAACUUGCUAUCAUGGAUAGCAAUAACUUUCUGGGCAACUGUGGUGUGGGAGAGAGGGAAGGAAGAGUGGCCUCAGGACUGGUUGCCCGAAGGCAUUACAGGUUGAUCCAUGGCAUUGGAAGGUCAGGAGAUAUUUCUGCAGUCCAGCCCAAAGCUGCAGGCUCUAGCCUUUUGAACAAACUUACUAAUUCAGUAGUUCUGGAUGUUAUAAAGCUGGCAGGUGUCCGGACAGUGACCAAUUGCUUUGUGGUUCCUAUGGCAACUGGCAUGAGUCUGACUCUGUGUUUCUUAACAUUGCGGCACAAGAGACCAAAGGCAAGAUACAUUAUCUGGCCACGUAUAGACCAGAAAUCCUGCUUUAAAUCAAUGAUAACUGCAGGUUUUGAGCCUGUGGUAAUAGAAAAUGUAUUAGAGGGUGAUGAGCUACGGACAGACAUCGAGGCAGUGGAGGCUAAAAUCAAGUCUCUUGGUGCUGAAAAUAUUCUUUGUGUGCAUUCUACAACAUCUUGCUUUGCUCCAAGGGUACCUGAUAGACUGGAGGAACUGGCUGUGAUUUGUGCUAAUUAUGACAUUCCCCAUAUUGUCAACAAUGCCUAUGGAGUUCAGUCUUCAAAGUGUAUGCACCUUAUCCAGCAGGGUGCUCGAGUAGGCAGAAUAGAUGCUUUUGUUCAGAGCUUGGACAAAAAUUUUAUGGUUCCAGUAGGUGGUGCUAUCAUUGCUGGCUUCAAUGAGUCCUUCAUUCAGGAGAUCAGCAAAAUGUAUCCAGGAAGAGCAUCUGCAUCUCCUUCCUUAGAUGUCCUCAUUACACUUCUGUCUCUGGGUACCAGUGGCUACAAACAGUUACUGAAAGAGAGAAAGGAGAUGUUUUCCUAUCUUUCAAGUGAGCUGAAGAAGCUGGCAGAUAACCACAAUGAGAGACUGUUAGACACACCACAUAAUCCCAUUUCCUUAGCCAUGUCACUGAAGAAUCUUGAUGAAAAUAGUGAUGCUGCUGUUACUGAGCUUGGAUCUAUGCUUUUCACAAGACAAGUUUCUGGAGCAAGGGUUGUUCCCUGUGGAUCUGUACAAACAGUGAAUAACUACACUUUUAAAGGCUUUAUGUCACAUGCAAAUGACUAUCCCUGUGCUUACCUCAAUGCUGCCUCAGCAAUUGGAAUUAAAAAGCAAGAUGUAGAUGUAUUCCUAAAAAGACUUGACAAGUGUUUGAAGACUACUAGAAAAGAAGCAAAGCAAGAAAAAAAUGUAAAUGAAAUAAGUAAUUCUAAUACAGGCACAGGACCACUUGAAGACUAGAAGAUGCAGCUUCAGUAACACAGGAGGAAAUGUUUUUAUUUUAAGUCUGUCAGGUUUGUAUUAGGUUAGGGCAGAAAAUUUAUUACCAAUCUGAAAAAAAAAAAAGCUUUAAAGAAAGGUGACUCUCUUUCCAAGACAGAGGGCCAGACACAAGUUUUUGCAGCAUAUAAAUGUGUUUAAUAUCUGCCAAAGUAAAGCUUUACAUUCAUAAAGACCUUGAGCUGGCCUUUCAGUCUGUGGGUGACUGUUUGGAUCCAUGUUCAGCAAAUCACAGGAUGCUUAUUCAUGUGAUUUUGAUUAACAACUUGUGCUGUGGCAGUGAUUGAAUUCUUUCCUAGGUAUAGACUACCCAGCAAGAAAUAUUUCACUGCUCUCAAAAGAUCCUCUUACUUCUCAUCAGCAUACUUGGCACUUUUAAUUUCUUUCUGAAGAUUUAAUUAAGUGUUGGGAUAGCCCUUACUAACUACAGUGUUAAAACUGCACAAGGAUAUAGAGUACAGUAGUUUUUCAGGCAUUCUCAGCUCUCAUUAACUGCCUGGAACAAAGCAGCCCUCAGUGACCAACUAAAACCUAGAAUACCUCAUUUGCUGUCAGUACUUGGCUCUUGGAAGCACUUCCAUAGUUGAGCCAACCCAAAGGAAUGUUAAUCAUGAAUGCAAGGAGUUGUGGAGUGGAGAGGUGCAGUCCUCUUUUUUCUUGUUUUUCUUUUUUUUUCUCUUCUUGUUUUUUCUUUCCAUCUCAUUUUUUCUAUGAUAGAGUCAUCAGGUCAGAGACCCACUGAAAAGGAGGAGUGCCUUGUGGGAUUAAUGCAGCAGUUUCAGGAACUAGUGAGACCUGAGGGUAUUUUGGCAUUUUUAUUCCAUUGUUGUUAAAAUUUAUAGACUUCAGUUUCUCAAGUGUCUCUUGCCAUUGGUACUGCUGCUUCCAUGGCUGUGCUGAUUUGAAUUAAUUAAGUAAACAAUAGAUUCAGAGUCUGUUCUUGAAACAAAGGUUCUGUGUCACUGGAGUGACAGUGCUAUAGAUUGCAAAACUUUUAGUUGUUCUUAAAUGCAGUUACUCCAUUGUGUGUAGUUUUUAUGUCAUUUACUAUUCAAAGUGACAUUAAUGUUCCAAGACAUUUUCUUUGUGUCUCUUUUGUGUAGUAAUACUUGGGACACAGCAAUGAGUUGGAAGUGUCAGGAAACUCAAGCAGCUACUUUGUUUGGUGGGAUCUGGGAUAUGUACCCUUCAGAGCCCUCUGUAAAUUGGCUUAUAUCAAAAUAGUGAUGUUUUUGAAAGGAUUGCCUAUCCAGCCUGUUGAAAUGAGUUCUUACAAGGGGUGUUGCUAAUAUGCAGAAGGUAAUAGUAUGCUAAUAAUUAUGAACCUGCUCUCACUUAGUCAGGUUCAUUGUAUCUUCAGCUUAAAUUGAACUGCUGCUUCUCCAGUGUUAUUGCUGGGGUUACAUCUUAGAUUGAUUAAAACUUGAGAAGUUAUGGCUCCCAGGGCUACACUCAGGGUUGUUGUUUGCUGUACAAACAUCCUAGGAGAAAUGUAAUGUAAUUUGGCCACUGAGUCCUUGUGAUUAUAAGGAGAUGUAAAUGUCUUCCCUCUGCCCUUCCCUCUGCCCUUCCCUCUGCCCUUCCCUCUGCCCUUCCCUCUGCCCUUCCCUCUGCCCUUCCCUCUGCCCUUCCCUCUGCCCUUCCCUCUCCCCUUUUUUUUCCCCAAGUCACUAAAGCUCUUCCAGAAGCAGCUCUGCAGCUCACUGCCUCAGUAUUCAGUAUAUGCGAGCAGCCAGUGGAAACCACAGAGCCAUAGUGAUACCUUUCUUCCUGGUUUUCAGUACUGCUGUUCUGUGCCUGAAUUACUAUAAAUUAUUGAUUUAGAUGACUAGUCAGAGAAUGUGGCCAUUAGAGAUACUGUUACAAGAGUUUAAGGAGGUGCCUGGUAGCAACUAAAAUAAGCAUUUGGUGAAUAAUAACCUGAAACAGAAUAAAGGAAACAGCAGUUGUCUUUCCUGAGAGGGAGAAGCCUCUGCAUUUUAUGGUCUUGUAAUAAAUUGUCUGCUACAAAUAAUUUGUUCACUUCUAUAGACUGGACUGCUUUCUCAGGUAGUGUUUUUCCUGCCUUUGAAAUGUUUCUCAUUUGAAAUCAAAGCUGAAAAUUUCAAUAGAUCUCUGUAAGCAAGUAUCCAGGGAAAGAAUUAAGUGCUUUACUUUGAUUUUGACCUAUUCUUUUAAAAUAAGUAAGUAAAUAAAUAAGAUUAUGGCUUUAGUUGAAAAAUAAUAAAGAACUUGGACACGCAAAUUGUUUUUUACAAGUUUCAGUGGUGCCACCUGAAAUACAGAAAUUUAAAGUACUGAGAAAUGUUCCCUAUCAUGGUGUAUAAACUAAAUAUUCAUGUUACAUUACUUCAGUGAACUGUUGUACCAGUUCGCAGUUUUGUUUGCUUGCUUUGUCCCCAUCUUCAAUUUUAUUUAAUAUUCAUUUUUAGAGACAGAAGCAUUACAUAAUGUCACUAAAAAAUUAAUGACACUUUUAAGUAAUUCAAAUGGCAAUAUACUGUUGAAUAAGUGGAGCUGAUUAUUUAUGGCAUAUUUGAAAUGGGAGUUUCAGUAGAUGAUAAAUAUUUUUCAAGGAUAAGUAUAAAUCCCUAAUUCUUUAUUCACUUCAUUAUCUGUAAUAAAGUAAUGAAAGAAGAUUGGAACAUA